AUGAAGCUUUACUCUGUCUCCCUUGCUCUUGCGGCUUGCCUGAGCAUGGCAGCUGCCCAGGGCCUUGACGGUCUGCCUGAUUGUGCUAAAUCAUGCGCGACGGGUUCCAUCCCCGCCAGCUGCGGUCUUGACGUGAAGUGCAUCUGCACCGACUCGUCCUUCCUUUCGGGUAUUUCGUGCUGCAUUCUCAAAUCAUGCCCUCAAGACCAGCAGCAGGAAGAAGAAGACGCUCACCCAUGCUUUCCCACAGCCGCCGUCCAAUUUGCGAACCAGAUAUGCAAAACCGCCGGUGUGACCAACAUACCUCAGUCUCCCAGCUGCGCAAACGCAACUCAAUCUGCCACUGGCACAUCCUCUGAAUCCUCCACAAGCACUUCUGGUUCUUCCACCAACACCUCCCAGACCGCUGCAACUGCAACCAGUUCUACCACUUCUACCACUGGCUCCGCGACCUCGUCUACUACUUCGGCCGCCCACACCAGUGCCGGGGCUGCCGUUUCUCAGCACAAGGACAUUGGUCUCAUUGCGGCUGCCGGUGCGGCGGCUGCGGCUUUCGGCUUGCUCGCUUAG